UAAAUUAAAAUUACAGAGUCAUCAUCCCUACCCUCGUCCAUGGCAGUUCACUCUCACAUUGAGAGAGUGCUCUGGAACCACGACCAGAUUUCGGCUCGAGUCUCAGACCUCGCCUCCCAAAUCUCCGCCGCCUUCGCCGGAACCUCUUCUCCGCCAGUCCUCGUCGGCGUCGCCACCGGAUCCUUCAUCUUCCUGGCCGACUUGGUUCGUCGCAUCAAUCUUCCUGUCGCUGUUGACUUCGUUCGUGUCGAAUCUUACGGUUUCGGUACUCAGUCUAAUGGUGCUCCUAAAAUCUCAUCGGACUUGAAGGUCGAUGUUAAGAACAAGCAUGUAAUUCUGGUUGAGGAUAUUGUAGAUACUGGAAAUACUUUAUCAUGUCUCAUUGCUCACAUGGAGGCAAAAGGAGCAUCAUCUGUAUCAGUAUGCACUUUUCUUGAUAAACCGAUGAGACGAAAGGUUAAUUUUCAGCUAGUAGGCGAAGGAAAGUUCUAUCGCGGGUUUGAAUGUCCAGAUUAUUUUGUGGUAGGCUAUGGAAUGGAUUUCGCGGAGCUGUACAGAAAUUUACCAUAUGUUGGCGUUUUGAAGCCUGAAUGUUACCAGUGAUUAAAUCAAACGUCUCUACAAGGAAAGUAUUCUAUUUACUAUUUAUUUCUGGUCUUUUUUAAGUAUUGAAUUUCAACCCUCCCUCCAUCUAUUGCAAUGUAAUGGAAAAGGCAAGACAUUAUGCUAGAAAUGAUACAGAAUUUUGGGUUCAGUAGAUUAAUUCUAAAAAAUGUCGAAUAGGUGAAUGACCUAUGAGACACAAUUUUGUGGUUUUUGCUCAAA